AUGGCAGUCCAUGAUGAAUGCAAACUGAAAUUUUUGGAAUUAAAAGCAAAAAGAAACUAUCGUUACAUAGUAUUCAAGAUUGAGAAUCAACAAGUUAUUGUGGAGAAACUUGGGGAUCCUCAAGACAGUUACGAUGAUUUCACUGCCUCUCUGCCUGCAAGUGAAUGCCGUUAUGCCGUCUAUGAUUUCGACUUCACUACUAAUGAGAAUUGCCAAAAAAGCAAGAUUUUCUUCGUUGCUUGGUCACCGGAAACCUCUAAAGUGAGAAUGAAAAUGGUGUAUGCAAGUACAAAAGACAGAUUUAAGAGGGAAUUGGAUGGAAUUCAAGUUGAAUUGCAAGCAACUGAUCCGAGUGAAAUGAGCAUUGAUAUUGUAAAAGCGCGUGCACUCUAA